UUUUAACCGAUUUAAAGCAUGGGGAGAACGGGUACAUUGUGCAACAGCUUCGUACCUUCUUUCCAAACUCCAAUCUUCACUCGCAUUAGUUCCAGACAAAAAAUACCUUUGAUUCCUCGAAGAAACAUAAACCUUAAAGCCAUGGCAAUGGCAAUGGCUCCCUCGGAGUCCAAAACUUAUCAACAAAACCUCUUGGUUAUGAGGCACGGUGACCGUCUCGACAACUUCGACCCCACCUGGGAAAAAACGGCCGACAGACCAUGGGACCCGCCGCUCAUCCAAACAGGUUUAUCCCGGGCUUUUCAGACGGGUCGUGCGUUUCAUACCCUCCUACCCUUCCCAAUCCACCGCGUCUUCGUCUCUCCCUUCCUCCGCUGCGUCCAGACCGCUUCGGAAGUUGUCGCCGCCCUUUGCUCCGUCGAUGACGAUCCUAAUGCCAAGUCUUCACGCGACGUCGUUUCCCUCGAUUCAUCCAAAGUCAAGGUUUCGAUUGAUUACGGGUUGUGUGAAAUGUUGAACACAUUAGCAAUUAGGCUUGACGUUGCGCCUAAAGAUGGAAUCUUCCGUUUCGAUAUUCCAAAGCUUGAGGCUUUGCUACCAAGUGGAACAUUAGAUCGUACAGUGGAACCAGUUUAUAAAGAGAUGCCCCAAUGGGAAGAGACAGUGAUGGAUACGCAAAGUAGACAUGAACAAAUGAUUAAGGCAUUGGCGGAUAAAUACCCCUCACAAAACCUGCUACUAGUAACACAUUGGGAAGGAGUUGCAGCUUCAGUGUCUUCGUUCAAGGACACUACUAUUACUGAAGUAGCUUAUUGUGGUUAUUCAGAACUGAGACGACCAGUUUCUUGGAAGAACCAGACAUUUACUGCCGGAAACUUUGAGGUGCUUACAAAAAGUGGCCGGACUGGCGUUUCUUAUUAUCCAAGAUAGCAACUUUAGUGAUUAAACCAUGAAGAAUAUGACUCUGAUUUCAUUUGAAGCAUGGCUCAGACUUCCUCUUGAUGUGUUUUUUUUUCUUCUUUACGUUAAAAUUUUCUAUCAGUUGUUAAUGU